UGCAGCAAGCUGCCCUUUUUUUUCUCUCGUAAAGACAAGUGUACCAAUUUAUCGAAAGUGAUUACAAGAUAUUCGACGUUUUGCAGUUUUACAUUACAAGAUUAGAUACGACAAUUUGUGUAAAUGAGCGGAGAUCAAUCAAAAUGAGCUCGCUACAACAGGGAAAUCGAUUCUUACCAUUUUCGAACAAUAAUCUUCAACGAAAACAAUUAUCCAUGCAAGGUGGUCUUCCUCAGAGUUUAAGUGGUAGUGAGACUGAUGUUUCUACAUCUAAUGAAAAUCUCAGUAACGAAGAAAGAUAUGUCAUAAGACAUACAGCACGACAAGAACCACAAGGACAAGAAAACCAACAGCAGAGUCCUUCUAGAUCUUCCAGUCAUAAGGAAAAUAUACCAAAUAUUCAGGGUAAUCUGCAUAACAGAAAUAGCCUAAAGGAAAGUUUGAAUGGAUCGAAUAGGAAUAGUUUGAAAGAAAGUUUGAACGGCUCUAAUCGAAAUAGCCUAAAGGAUAGUACCAAUGGCUCCAAUCGGAACAGCUUAAAGGACAACUUGAGCAAUCGCACUAGCUUAGGUUCUAAUCGAAGUAGUCUAGAUGUGUCGACGAGUUCUUACAACACAUUGAUCAUACACAAUGCUAAUGACGAAGGAUCAUGGAUACUGAGCUCUGGAAGACUGUCAGGUGUGAUGAGAGAACAUGGGGACGUGGGCUACUUGUAUUGUGAUGGAAAAGGCCAAUCCAAUAGUCCCACAAUGCAAUCUCUGUCCAAUUUGCCACAUGAAGAUUAUGUCCAGCAAUCCUGUGGCGGUGGCUGUCAAGAAAUCACAGAUAUUCCAGAUGAUUAUCUUAAUCAGUCUCAGGUUCUGAAACAUCUUGCAAAAGAGGUGAAAGUGCCAUCGUAUGUCAAUAACGGCAGUAAUAUGGAGAUGAGACUGGGAGAGAUGAGAAUAAGAGACAAUGACCGAGAGAAACAGAACGAGAACGAAUACGAAGGCGGAUCGUCGCCGUCUUACGUGUCCUCGCUGGCACCUUUGAAAUUCUGCAAGCACUGGCGAUAUCUCGCGCCAACAGAGAAAUUAACAAUAUCGCGAUCGCAACCCGAUCUAUCCAGAAUCAACAAAGAGGACAUUGAUAACUACAAUCUUCGAACAACGUCACCUCGACCUCAGACGAAAGGACGAGAAGAGGUGGAAAGGGAAACAGGCGAAGUGUGGCCGUCGUCAGAGAUGAUUCAGAUUAUAAUUCAGGAGAAUAGCGCGUUGAAACUGGAGUUAGAUCGUUGCUACAAAAAAGUUUCAAAAUCGCAGAAACUGGAGCAAGAGAUCGCAAAAGUGCAUCGCGCCCACGAGGAGCUUGCGGCGUCUUGCGAGCGACGAGAGAAGCUGGAGCGCGCCGCUCGAUUGAGACUGCAAAAUGACUGUCGUCGACUGAAUGAACUGAAUCGCGCGCUCAGGGAGCAGAUCGAUCUUCUCUCAACACGCACGAAUGGUCCUCCAAUCGAAACAAUGCGCAAAGAGCUGACGCAACGCGAAGUACUCAUCGGACAGCUCAUCAGUCAAAAUAAAGAAUUGACCGCUGCAAAAGAGAGACAAGAAAUCGAGCUGUCCGCUCAGAGAGCCACUUUGCAAGAACAACGUACACAUAUCGACAUUUUGGACACUGCUCUGACUAACGCACAAGGCAAUGUCGUACGACUCGAAGAAGAAUGUCGAAAGAAGCAAGUAUACGUUGAAAGAGUGGGUCAGCUACAGCGGGCUUUGUCUUCUCUUCAGGCGUCUAGCGAUAGACGGGAAGAGACUGAAAGACAACUAAGAGGUCAGUUGGAAAAAGAGUUACGCGAGGGCAACAACAACGAGCAGACAUCUAACGGUGAAACUAUCACGGAUUUAAAGCGACGACUACGCGAGCGGGAUGAGAAGAUCAUGUCUCUUGAAAGUGAUGUGUCAAAGUGGGAACAACGUUAUCUCGAGGAAAGUACGUUAAGACAAGCAGCUAUUGAUGCAGCCAGCUUGCCAAAAGACGCGAAAAUCGCCGCUUUGGAAAAGACCAGCCAAGAUGCGGAAAAGUUAAUCGCCGAAGCUCGGUCAGAGAAGAUGAGACACUUGGACGAAGUUUUCGCCGCGCAGAAGAAACUCGCCGAUCUCGAGUCUAGAAUAAAGGAUUUGGAAUCUAAACUGGCGGAAAGAGACGCCAUGAUCAGAGUGUUGCAGAAACACACAUUUGACAAAGUGGACAGCAGCAGCAGUAGCGGCGUUGGCAGUUAUCAAGCCGCACACUCAUCUCAUUCAAGCACAUCGGCAGAUCAUCAUACCGCUCUCACAACCACGCCAGAACUUGUAAACAGCGUACUCAGCAGCGGUAGUGGUUACGGUAGUACUGGUUCUUAUGGUGUCACGGACAGUUACAAAUAUAGAAAACAAGGCAGUUUUGAGCAAACCAAUAAAAGUCUCGAUGAUCAGCUAAAGGAAUUAGACUCUCAACUAUUGAGCAAGCGGGCACUUUGCUGUUUUCCAGGAUUCUCUAAUCCAGGCACUGCGUCGCGAAAAGGAAAAAUACCCAAGCCAUUACUGGCGGGUGUAGAUAGCACAGGUACCUCGAGCACCGCCUCGAGUAAGACACGGCUGCUGGAUGAUUCGUCCGGCAGCGGCGGUGACGUAAUGUCGCCGAGUAUAAUCGAGUUCGCGAGCGCGGCUGCCAGAUUGAAGGGCACUAUCUCGCGAUUAUCGGACAACGGGAGCAAGCCAACUGAAGACAUGAUGCUGCUUGAGAAGCAGGGUAGAAGUUCGCAGAGACAACGAAUGAUGGACGGAAGUGGCGAGCCGCGUCGCGCCGGUAGCUUGCCACCCAGUUCAUUACCGCGACCGCCGAGAACACUCAAGACCAGUAGCAAUUCUCGUUACUGCCGACUGAGCGACACAGAGACGCGCAAGAAAUCGGAUCAUGGGCAAAGUAUCAUAGACACGUCUACUGCGACAAGUGGCGCAAACAACAACGGAGGCGGCACGAAGACGCGAGAUUCUGGCAACGGUAGCAGUAUCGAGUAUGGUCGAUUUGAUGCUACUACAAAAAUAUCACGCAAUAAGAAAAAGACGUCCGUGGAUAAUUUUGUAACAAAUAGUUCCGUGAAGAAAUCAGCUGGCUCCGGGAUGGUGAGUGGCGACGGUCACGAAUACGAGAGAUUGCAGGUAGACACAAGUAACAUUCGCAAGAAAUCAUCGACUAGCGACAGCAAUUGCACGUCAGAAUCUGCAGUAAAGCACAGAGAUAUCCAGAGCCGUUCGUUUAUACCACCGCCAUCAUCGCGUACUCGAAUCGGCGAGUAUGGUCGUUUGAGUGAUGGCGAAUCCUCUUCCGCAACUGUUGUCAAAGGAGGCGGUAAUACGUUGAGAAUAGGAACAAGCGGUUCGUCUCGAGGGCAAAGCACUGGCAGCACAGUGAGCAUUAAAAGUGGCGGCCGCGAUUCUGGCGCCAGCAGCGAGGCGUCGACGGCCUCAUUGCCAGCCAAAGCGAGAUCUAUACCGCGUCCCGGAAAUUAUCGCAUUCAGUUUUGAGCAUAAAACAAAGAAAACAAGAUCUUUUGAUAUUUAGAGUAUUCAUUUGUCUUAAAUAGGUGAUUGGUUCUUAGUAAUAGUAAUUUGAUUCCCGUUUUGACUUGAUCAUAAAAUUGAUAUGAAUGUACGUCUUGAAACCAAGCUUUGCCUGACAGUGAAAACUUCUCGACUGAACAGUACUUAUGAACAAAGAUCGAAGGUAAGAUAGAAAAUGAACAUAAUAAUAAUGAAACGCUUAGUUGCGUCGCGUCAUUACGAUUACUGGUUAGCAAAGUAGAAUUGCAGGCCAUAACAGACACAAAAAAUAUGAUUUAUAGUUAAAAAAUGAUGAUUUAUAGCUAAUUUAGUGAUGUAGUGUAUAUGACCUAGUCAUUACCAAAGUAACUCUUCUCAUGUAGGAUAGGAAAGAAAAAUUGUUUUCUUCCUCGCGUUUCAUGAAACAAACGGCCUUAUACAACAAACAUUUCUCGGGCCAAAGUGUUUUUUUACGCAAAUCUUUCGAAAAAUAUAUAUCUUAUACUUCACUAAUUGAGAAAAGCACUACUUGUUACAAGUUGAGAUCAACAAAUUGAGAAUCAGAUAGGAGACUGACUCUCGAAAGUGUACAUUCUCCUGGCACUUUUUGUCUUUAUAACUUAUAUAUUUUUUUAUGUUGUAUCGUUUUGUCGUACAUAUAGAGAUACGCUUGCGUAUUCUUUAACAGAGACAAUACUUUUUUUCUCGUAGUUUUAUCGUGAUAUAACAAUUUUUUUCUGUAAUCACAUAAGUUAUAGGCCUGUAAUAUUCCUCUUAUUAUUGCGCUAAUAUUAAUAUUACACUUUCUCAGAGCGGGUAACGAUGAAAAUAGAGAUCAUCCCGCGCUUAGAAGAAAAAUUAUGAAGAAAAUACAACACCAAAGUAUAAUACUAUUUAUUCACGCGCCGUGUUACAUAAUUCGUACAUUACAAGAUGAUUUUACCUUUUUUUACAUUCUUUACUUAUAAAAUACUACGGAAAGUAUGUUAUUUGUAAAAAGUGUCUAGAAAAAAAAUUGUACGAAGAAACAGCAACAUCCUGCACGAUGUGUGCGUGCGUACGUGCAUGCAUCAGUAGAGAUAAGGACACGCGUACUUAACGAAAAUGUAUUUCAUUAUAAUGUUUUGGAAACUUUUAAAUUAAGUUACAAGAAUAUGCAACAAACAAUAGGAAGUUUCAUUUAAAAACAUCGAUAUGAUCUUAAGCUGACCUUAGCGACGCUAUCCAAGGUCAAACUGAUAAGAUUAGUCAAAAAAUUUUUUAAAAUUUUCCAACUUUUGUCUGAAACACUUUUUUCUAAAAUGCUUAGUUUUCAAGAUAUUUCGCCGUCCCGGUAUUUUUUAUACACUGUGUACGUGCGCGCUUGUUUGCGUGUGUGUAAAUCUUACAGAACGUUGCAGUUUCUUCGAACAAUUUACACACAUACACAAACACACACGCACACGCAAAAAAGUAUAUGUAUAUACAUAUAUAUAUACAGGAUG